AUGACACCACAUGUGCAUCUGUGCAAUUCGCGAUCGCCGAAAAAAAUAAUAACUAAUGUAGUGCUAAUAUCGGUACCGCGACUACGGAACCUACACAGCUCCUCAGGUAGCAGCAACAAAGGUGACAACAACAGCUCCUCAAGUAGCAGCAACAAAGGUGACAACAACAGCUCCUCAAGUAGCAGCAACAACGGUGGAACCAACAGCUCCUCAAGUAGCAGCAACAACGGGGAAACCAACAGCUCCUCAAGUAGCAGCAACCUACAACAUCAGUGCAAUCUCCUGACAGCAGAACGCACUAACCGCAAAGAGUGA